ACAAUAAAAAGUGAUUUAAUUGAUUCAAUCCACCCGCCGUCGGGUUUUCCAGUCGAUAGUUACCGUAAAGUAGUGUUGUGUGCGCUGGGACUGUUUUGCAUGGUGGAAAAACUGUCCACUUUCGGCGGCUCUAGCAGAAAGCAAGAAAAACAAAAAACAAACUAGCGGUAAAAUUCUGUAUUAUCGGACGACGAUAAGCUGUACAGCAGACUACGCCUCGAAAAUCGUCCGGUUUGACCGCUAACGCUCUAGGCCGCGUAUCGAUUUAGCUUCGGCUUAAACAUUACGUGAGUGUGCUCCUAAACUGGCUUCUAAUUGGUUGCCGGUCUUUUGGGGGAAGUUUAUCGAAUGGUUCGGAGUUUUUGGUUGCUGUUUACCCCGGCCAAUAUACUUCACUCAAUUAAAAUAAUAAACGUCGCAUGCAUGCACGUGUGACUGCUGCUGAUAAGGGCAUCAAAACGACUUCGGAAAAACCGCCCACUCGGUCAUACUCCAACUGUUCACAUGGGCCACCGUGGCGGAAAAUUGCCGCCGCGAUGUCCACACUCACCAGCAACGCUAACAGCAACAACAACAAUCUUAUUAUCAACACUUACUCUACAUCAGCCACAAGCCAGUCAGGCACGGGCAGUGUCAGUACCAACAACAAUAACAACAACAACAGCAACAGCAUCAACAAUAAUAGCCAACUUGCAACGCAAUCUUUCGGCACAACGACGACCCAUCAGCACCAUUAUCAAAGCGCGCUCGCUUCCAGUGUUAGCAGCGUCAAAAGAUUACUUCCUUUACCCCGUAGUAUGUCGUCCUCGUCGAACGGCGGGGGUGGCGGAGCCGGUGCUAGUGGAGUCGGUCCCAGCGGAUCCGGUAUGGGUACCUCGGCAACAGUCGGAAGUAGUGGAAUGUCGGUGUCCGGCGGCAUGAUUCCCACCGAGCUAAACGUGGUCCUGCACGGGUACCACCGGAAGUUGAAAACCAACAAGAAGAAAUACUUUGUUGUGUACGGCGAUACGCCGGAGAAGAGCGCCCGACUGGAAUACUUUGACAGUGAGAAGAAAUUCAAACAGUCCUGGCUGAAAAGCAGCUCAGUGCAAGCCAAAAGAAGCAUAGUUCUGCGUAGUUGCUUCAACAUUAACAAACGGCACGACACUAAGAAGCAUGUGAUUGCGUUGUACACUAAGGAUGACUGUUUUUGUAUUGUGUUUGAUAGCGAGGAUGAGCUAAAUCGCUGGUUGCGCACGCUUUUGUCGCUUCAACGCGGCGAGGAGUCGGAGGGCGAGCCCCCGAGACCUACAUUUGAGCACGUUUGGGAUGUGUUCGUUCAGCGCAAAGGCUUGGGCGACAGUUACGGCAUACUUGGCAACUAUCGCUUGUGCAUCACCGACAAAACGCUGUCCCUCGUGCGGAUAGGACCUCCAACCACGGCCACCGGAGACAGCCGCGUCGAGGUGGUCGAGUUUUCACUAGCAUCGAUACGAAGAUGCGGUGCCUCUCAGCGCUAUUUUUACCUUGAGGUCGGGCGGAGUUCGAAGACAGGCGCUGGCGAGAUAUGGAUGGAAGCACAGGACACUAUCAUUGCCCAAAAUAUGCACACAACGAUUAUGAAGUCUGCAAAAAGCAAAGACGACACGCUCGGUCCCAUGCGGGAUCGUUCCUCGUCGGAAAAUGCAGUUACGAAGCCAACGCCGUUCAUCAACCGCCACGCGACUCAUGCGGGCCCGAGACCGAUCAACUUUUCUCCCUCUGGUGAAGAUCAAAGCUCUUCACAUGCAUCUAAUGCACAGGGUUCCGAAUCCUCCUCGUCGGCUACUAGCACUAAUACAGUAGUUAUGGUCCCACAAAAUCCAAAUUCCAGUCAAAAUUUGAAAGCCAAUCAAAACCAUCAACCAAAUUCGGACAAGCUAUGCACAUCUACUACCUCUAUCCCUGCCAGUACGAGCCAUCAGGCUGCUGCUCUCGGUAGUGGUCAGACGAUCGGUGGACCCCCCGGUUUUCCCAUUCCCGGCUCACCCCUGUUUUUCUAUUCCUCUCCGACGCUGUCCAGCGGUAAAACUUCCAUAAAGAAACCUAAGCUGGAUCCUCCUCAAGAAGAGGAGGGUAGCGCUUCAUCCUUGUCCAUGUACAGUUCCAUCCAACCACCGCAGACCGGGGGUAAUUCGCAAGCUGCACAGCUGACCCAGCAUCACACUGGAGCUCCUGUUGGUCUUGGUGCUACUGGCACGCCAUCAUUCGCCAGCACUGCCAGUGUGUGCAGUGGCAACACUGCCACCACCACUGAUUUUCCGUCUCCAAGUGAUGAUCAUGUUACAUCCGCAGUGAUAUUACAUCAAAGAGCUUUAUCAUUACCAAGCGCCACCCCCAUGCUAAGCCAUUCUCCUCAUAGUCAUUCGACUUCCCACCACACGGCAGCACAAAAGUCCUCUCAGAGUAGUAGCAAUGUUAGUAGCAAUCCUUCCACUUUGAGCGGCCAGCCUACCGGAAGCGGAGACGGAGGAUUCUUUGGCAAAAAUGCCACCGGCGGUAUCCUGGUCAGUUCUUUACAGCCCGUCCACCAGCGAACCCGGUCUCUCCCUCUGACGGCAGAAAGUGCAAUACGGCUCACAAACAAUGGGCUCCCGAGUGGAGCUCACCAUCAGUAUUUACCGCCAGGCGGCAAUCGCAGACAUCAGCAGUUUUCUAGCUUAUCGAUAGCCUCACUAAGGUGCACCUGUCCAUCGACGGGACAGCCCGUCAUCGUCACCGUAGGUCAGAGUACCAAGACAAGUCAUUGUAAUUUAUGUCCGCUGCACGGUACCGCAGGUAAUGCGACAUCGAUGUCAGCAGCCACUGUCUCGGGCCACUCGACUAAACAGAACUAUGAAAAUAUGAAUAAAUCAUGCUCCUAUCUACCAUCCAUGUCCCCGCCAACCAGCCAUCCGCCAAAUGAGCCGCAAAAUUACUAUAGCAACCACUCAUUCGAGGGUCACUCGUUCGAUAGUAAUUCCCAAAAUCAAACACCAGCUCGUAGUUCGAUGGAAAGUAUUAUCGAGGAUCAAAAGUAUCUCCCGAUGGACAUGAAAAAGGCCUCAACUCACUGCAAUACUUCCGCCAGCGGCAGCAAUCAGCUGGAGGACGCGGCACCAAAUUUGCAGUUCAUAAGUCGACUGCUGCAAAGCUCAAAUCUGCAGGCAGUUAAUAAUAGCAAAUUGGCAGCACUGAAAAUGGCCACUAUGAACAUUCCGUUUACAGUUGGCAGCACGACUUGCAGCACCAGUAUCAACAGUAGUGGUAGUAGUAGCUCUUGCACAACAAAUAGCCAAAGCGCCACUACCGGCGGUAGCCGCAACUAUACGUUCUGUGGUAGUAGUAGUAGCAACACUAGCGCAAAUUCUAUACCGAAGGGUAGUUCGCCCGGUUCACCGCCGCCCGCGCUACGGCGCCGAAGUGGCCGCAACGGUGCCAGCUCGAGGCGAAGCGCCGCUCUAGGACGGGAUCGCUGCGACAGUCUUCCAUCGCGGAACCGUACGACAAGCGAAACCAGUACCCAUCAGCAGCAGUUGAUUAUGAACAGUGGAGGAAUGCCUCCGCCUCGGACAAUACCAUCGGCCAGCUUCAACCGGCCGCACUCGAUGGUCGUCAGUCGUCAGAGUCACAGUCAUAGCCCUCCGGUGCAUUCGUCCCCGCUGAGUCCACCGUCGACCGGUGCAUGCUCUACCGGAAGCGACGGAUCUUCGCUCAGCAUCGACGAAACGGACAGCUUUGUCGGAUCCCUAACACCGGACGAAGGCAAUGGCUUUUCCAAGGUCAUUAACGCUCUCAGCUCGGGUUGCUCGAUUCCGGAGGAAAAUUCCGACGAAUACAUCCACAAUUAUGGGCGAAUCAAUCAAGGGUUGUUUUCGCAGCACCGCUCCAUAGAUGAAUUCGGUAGUCACCUGAAGCACAGUUAUAACUCACUAUCGCUUCCAAUAUCGCAGACGAUCAGAAGGAACAGCCCGGCACCACCGGCCAACGCAGCCGGUUCGGUUGAGGGUGGUAGCAGCAACUACAUGGAAAUGUGCAGUCCCUGCGGAAGCUCACCAGGAGAUCCAUCCGGCAAUGGAGGCUACAUACCGAUGUCCCCAAUUGCGGAUUUCCCGCGCAGCAUGUACCUGGGUAGUUCCAGUGCACAUUCGCGCGCCUCGAGCCUGGCGGAGGACACCGUCGACGGUUACGUUCCUAUGGCAGCCCCAUCGCACACGACGGAAGAGUACGUGGACAUGGAGCCUUCACACAACAGCAACAGCAGCAGCAACCGAACGGUUCCUGUCCCCACGGUUACGGCGACCGGUAUGAUAGCGGGCAACGGGGGUAACAUCAGCUCAGCCGCUUCCAGCUGCAGUAUAACGUCCGGGACACCGUCGACUGAUAUGCGCUUUUCCGAGUAUCACCUCGAGAAAGUUGUUGCUCGCUUUACACCCAGCGAAGAUGACGAAAUGGAUCGACCCUUGCGAACGUAUUCUGUGGGCAGCCGUUUAGAGCACAACAAGCGAAAAUUGCGAGUCGAUAUGCUGAGUUCCGAAGCGUCGUCCUCGAAUUCGAGAGCUCGAGCAUUCUCGGUUGGGUCCAGAGCGAAAGUUCCGCGAUCGGAUUUAUACAAGGGAGCUCCCAUCACGGCACCUUUGCUGUCUACGGGCAGUUCUGGUAGCAUGCAAGAAAGUAGUAGCAACACCGGUAGCAUUUCCAAUUCGGCCAUCGGAGUUGAUGUUGUUUGCUCGGGUGUGAGUCCUGUAGUAAAGACGGGUAAGAAAUCUUCCAGUGCGCCGGUGCUGGCUAUCAAACAGCACGGUUCCUUCGAUCCUAUGGAUGAUCUCAUGGAGAUUGACUUUGGCACACCAUUCCAUGGGGAACAAGAUGUAAACAGUAGUACACCGCAGAAAGCAAUGGGUAUGGAGGAUUACAUGGAAAUGACUGCUGGAAGUGGCAAUCAAAGCAUCGCCGGUUACGUAGAAAUGAAACCAGGCCAUAUUCUUAGCACUUCUGCAAACACAAGUGCCGCUGAAGAAAACGACUACUUGGACAUGAGACCUGGUACUGCGGGACUUGAAUCGAACCUGUCGACGAAAAGCACAAGCUCUCCUAUUAAAAUUAAUUCGCCCAAAAAGUUCAACGGAGGCGGUGGUAGUAGCAACAGUAACUACCUUGAUAUGUCGUCUCGUUCGAUGGAAGCAGCCUCCAAAUCCUCUACAUCAUCAUUGAACCGUACUACUAAAGCACCUUCGGAAGAUUACCUGAACAUAAGUCCAUUGAUGAUGAGUGACGCUGCCGCAGGUAGUGGUGGAGGAGGUGGAGGCGACAGCGGUAAUGAAGAUAAAAUGACCCAUGAAGAUGAUGAGUUAGUAGCCCCUAGCAGUGCGCCCGAAGGUUAUAUGGAAAUGUCCUGGAAUCAAAAUAAAUCAGGAAUCAAAUCUGAUAGUCAUACCACAUCGACUGCAUCUGAUGAGUACAUCAACAUGGAUUUUACUCGCCGCGAGAUGGGUGGAUCAUUACUGGGACCAGAGUCUCGAUUGAGCUCACAUCCCAUAACUAUUCAGCCGGGUAACGGUAAUCGCGCUUCCUCCGGAGACCUGAUGGAACCAAAGAUGGGCGGUGUACCGUCCAGUAUUCCAAACUAUCUUCCCUUGAAUCCUGCGACAGCCGCUAUCGCUCAGCGGCAUCCAGUUGCGGCUCAAAUUGGCUUUAGUCCAAAACCAAACAGUUCCCGAUCAAGAUGUGAUUCGAGAGACAGUGGAAUUGUCACUCCUUCCGGUAGCCAAGCCACGAUUUUCCCCUUUAGUCCCGGAAGUCCAAUCAAGUCGUUUACGAUGAGCUCGGAACCAAGCGCGGAGGAACGAAAAUGUUAUAUGGAUGGAACGACGGGAACAUUGCGGAUUAGUGAAAUGGAAGAAGACGGCAGCGAGUUCCUGGUUGGCAGUAAGCCACAACCUCAGUCAAAAGAUCCCGAAAGUAGUAAGCUAGAGGAUCUGAGCCAUAACUAUGCGGAGUUGAGUUUAGGUCAACAGCAGCAGCAGCAACAGCAAAAGACUGAUAAAAGUCGUCAAAGUUCCUUUAGUAGUACCAAACGAACGAAUCUAAGUUUGAUUUUGACUACGUCUACCAACACUAGAACGACAGCUACGGUAACAACAAUGAAAACUUCUGUUGAAUAUCCAGACUACGUCAACUGUAGCCCAGCGACAACUCCGGUCGCUGUUUCAAAGCCGGCAACUCCAAUGGCUGUUGACGAUCAAGCUGGUGAUUAUGCCAUCAUGAAUCCCGCAAGUCUGAGAAAACUGUCAAGUACUUCGCAGUCUGAACUGCUUUUCACCACAGACGCAAGUCUUCCACCACUAACGAGAAAAUCCAAUCUGAUCGGUUUUAAACCGAUAACGUCCAGCCAGGACGAAGUUCUUCUUCAGAAAAAAGGCAGCGGCUUUUCACCAAAACCGAUCUUUAACCGGCAGUAUUCGGAACGUCGGCCUGGAUCAUCUUCCAUGGAAGUGCCGAGCUACGAAAUGCUUCAGCGUUCUUACUCCCGACCAAAUAGUGUCAACAGUGAGAAGAUCAGUAGCAAGUGUCCGUCAGUUUCAGCAGGAUCAACACGUCCCAAUUCGGCCAACAGCGAUCGCCUUCCUACCAUAUCCGCUACCUCAUCAUCGGCUUCCUCAACAUCAACGCUGUGCGAGAGCAAAAAUCAGAGUCCGACAGCGUCUAGUACGAUGAUUGCUGCUAGCGGUACAAUAUCUGCGGUUACCCAUGGUGCACGACCCGACUCAGUUACCUCGCAUACAGACCCGCACAUCAUUUCACGGCCACCGUCGGUUAGUUCGGAACGUGAACUACACUACGCCAGCCUUGAUCUUCCACCUUGCGGAACAAAUCCCCCUCCCAGUGCAAGUGCCACCAGUCGAAUGGAGGUUGACUCCGAUGGUAGUGCCCCUCCUUCGGCAAAUUCCGCCGGACGCCCUGGGGGAGGUUCGGAUUCGAUGAAUUCCAGCCCUAGUCCAAACUCAGGAUGUACCUCGCAACAACAGACUGGUUCUGCCUUUACCUAUGCUCAAAUCGAUUUUGUCCGCUCGCUUGCACAGGCACAACAAGUCCAUCAGCAACAACAGCAGCAGCCGUCAAGCAAAAGUAGCCAGCAGUAAGAGUACAGCAGCAGCAGCACACACACAUACAAAUACAUACACAGGUACACUGAAACUGCCAAUCCGAAACUACAGAACAGCCCCUCCUUUGAAUGUAAGUAAUAGUGUUAAGUACUGUGCUGUUCCGCCCCUGAGGGGGGCAUAACAUACACACAAAAGCGCAAAGACACCGACUCACCUAAUCCGAGCAACCGAGAAAUGAAAUCUUCUGAACAAGAAAGUUCACAGUUACCUUUCUUUCUACGUAUGUAUGAAUGUAAAUAAACGCGCGCGCGUACAGCCGCAGUGUCUGUGGCAUCACGAGACAGACGGAUGAGUAUCCCCAGUUUUUCCGGGGUUGGAAUUUCCUCUCUAGUACCCAGAGAGACAGAAAACAUCUUUAUAGACAUAACAAAAAUAGUCGCUAAGCGUAGAAAAAUUGAUAAAAAAAAAAGAAAAAUAUUCCAAAAAUAGUGUAAUCAAAAAUCCAUUGCAAGAAAGAGCAAAAAUAAAAAAAAAAAACAGAAAAACCUUAAACUAUAAGCUGAAAAUUCAAUUGCCAAAAUAAGCUUUACUUGAUUUUGUUGUUUUUUGUUCACUUUCAUCAGAAGAAGGAUAACAGAGAAAUGUAACGUUACACAAACGGUUAUUUAUUAAGGGUCAAAGUAAAACACACACACACGUACGCAGAUAAAUGCCUAGCCUGUAAGUAAAUUAAUUCGGAAUGAGUAUUGCUGUAAGUUUAGAUUUAAUCUAGAAAGAGAGAAAGCAACUAUAGAAAACUUUAUUUUUUAUUAAGAAAAAUCAACUUUUUAACCGGUAAGAGGAACUAGGCUUAGUUGGAAAAAAUAUAACUUAUACAUAUUUAUGCGUAAGGAAAAAAGGUAAGAAAAAAUAAAAGAAAAAUAUCUAUAUACAUAGGGUAAGCGCGAAACAGUACGCAGUAAGUGGUCAAAAACAUGAAAACUAUUCAUAUAUACAAAAACACACAAAUCAGUGAAGAAAGAAGAAAACAAACAAAAAAUCGCAUCUACAUUUUACAUACUCGCAUACAACAACAAAACACGGACGGCAAAACUACUGGCUAAUGCAAUUAUUGUUUUCGUAUGGUGUUAAUUUCCGUUGUUUCUUUUUUGUUGGAUUUUUUUUUCGAAACAGGGCCUAAAUUGAACCAGCACAAUUAGUCUUUUCUUUUGAUUUAAUUAGGUUACUUAUUGUUGUCUAUGAGUUUGAAAGUCUCUUUCUUUCAAUUUUUGUUUUUGCAAUUGUAUGUUAUUUAAAACUCACAGCUCUGCUGGGUUUGACCCUGAGCGAAAUGUAGGGUACAGGUGUUAUGGAUUAGACUCGACAUAGUUUUACUCGUUGAUCAAAACAUGUUUGCAUAGAGACGAUUCAGUCAAAAAACUGAAAGCCUCUCUAACAGACAUAAAAACAUGUUUACAAUGUAGACAUACCAAAUACGAAAAUAAAUCACGUAUUUAUCGAAAGAUGUGUUGGAAAUCUGUUUUUAAGUGAACCAAAUUUAAAAUUUGAUGUUUACGACUUACGGUUUUAAACUUCAUUUGUUCGUUUUUUUAAUGUAAGUCCUAGCAACUUACAAACGGUUUUUUAAUUAUUGUGAUUCAAUAAGCAGUGAGAUAUUUUUUUACAUUGUGAUUCAUUUCUCUUUUAUUUUAUCUUUUGAGAACAGGUUGAUAAUUUUUGUAAAGUUUCAAUGAACAUCAAAAAACCCUUCUUUUUUAACUGCUGCAAGAAGCUUCAGUUUUGUGGUUUAAACGCAUUCUAGUCUCACUUUCCUGUAAAUCAUUAUAUUUUUGUUCAACAUCUUUACAUUCCGAACAACUUUUUGAGUUAAUUGUUCAUCUCAAACCUGUGCUUGUUGAGUUCUUUGCUCAUUUGUAUGUUAAGAUAAUGUAAUUAUAGGAAGUGCAUCAAUCAACUUGGAUUCAAGCCCGUACUAGUUUUCAAUUGCAGGUUGUUAUGCUGAAAUUGGAGCCUAUAACAUUUUUUAACGAUUAUUUAUGUUUUUUUUUGUCAUGUCAGGUUUUGGGCACAGAUUUUAUUGAAUAUAGACAGAUGUUUUCUAUAUUUUUCAAAUUUUAUCUAAAUGAAAAAAGCGGGACUUUUGCGGAAAGGAUUGUGUUCAAAAUUUUUCAACCAAAUUUGGCAUAGACAUGGAGUGGGGACUAGUAAUGCCUAAAAACUUAAACGAUUUGAAAACAAAAGCUGUCAGUAAUCUUAGCACAAAUUUAUGAACAUUUCAUUUGCCUGAUAGUUGUUUGAGUUAGCAAUACUAUUUUUUCCUGUAUGACGUUUAUGGCUGAAGAGUCUAAUACCUACUAUUUUAAUUUUAGUAAAUGUGUCCUUGGCAUGGUGUUUUAGCCAAUUGAAUUAAAUUUCGUAAAUUACCCGCUUUACUAAAUUUAAAAUGUAGUAAUAAGACAAAACAUGGAAUAAGUUCGUAAACUAUUUUAAUUCUCUACCAUACUUGCUUCUGAUUCAAUUUGUGUCACUCAUUUGCGUAAUUGAGAAAAAAGUAUGAGUAUUGUUUUUGCAUCGAACUUCGAAAUAGUGGGUUUAAAAUUUAAGCUUCCAAAUUACGCUUAAAUCUGUCACGAUCGAUUGAUUUAGUUGUAUUGUUGAUUGUAUUUCUGUUCUAUUCUGUUAUGUUUUCCGAAUCGUAAUGUACCAGCAAUCACUAAAUUUCCUUCAUAUUUUUUUUUCAAUUAUUUACAUUUUUUUCUUGAUUUCAAAGUUUUAUUUUACUCAAGUUUUGUUAAUUUUAUUAUUUGCUUAUUUCACUAGUACCAUCUGUGCAAUUUGUUAAAAUUAUUGCUGGUUCGCUCUUUUUUAUUUAUUUACUCAUCUAAACAUUAGCCAACGGAAUGCCAAAAUUCAACAGGGAAACGAAGAUGUCAUAGCAAACAAAAAAAAAACUUUCAACUAGUAACAUACCUAUUUCAACUGCAAUACGAUUUUUCUUUCGUACGAUAGAUCGCGUGAAGAGUGCGCCCGCCCGAUUAUAUUUAGUUGCGACACUGAUACAAAAUACCAUUAUUCGGCAAUGGCGAACGCCACUCCCCGUAAAACCCUAGACUAAACGAUGAAAAACACAUCGCAAAAAAGGCAACUUUAUCAUUUCAUUCGAAACUCAAUCACACAAUCCAUGCAAGUUCCAUGUUGUGGAAAAAAGUGUCUGAACGAGAAAGAGAGAGAAAAAAGAAAAACACAGUAGGCUAAUUUUAGGCAAAUUUUCGGCAUAUUUGGAUAUAACAAAAACAAAGAUUUCCCCCCCCAAAGUAAGCGAAACCGCUGAAGAAAUCUUCUUAGAUCAUACGGUUCGAGUCAAUCAGAAUUGGCUACAAAAUUAGAGGUAACAAAAAUAAAUAAUCUUAAGAGCCUAUCUUGGUCCCAGAACAACAGUUGGGAAAAGUGUAUAUUGGCAAAAUUAUUUUACUGUUUUUAUCUCCGGCAUAGAAUGGAAUGUUUUUCAGUACUGGAAAGAGCAAGUAAAAGAGUAAAUCAAACAUUGAGAGAACCCUGUUACGGAUAGUCCUAACUAGGCAGUAGGUUUAACGCAAAUUGUAUCUUUAAGUACGCAGGACAACGGUGGAAACUUUAUUCUAACAGCAACAUAGUGAACAAGAGAGAAAGAAAACAACACUUAAACAUUAAAUUUAAAUACAUGAAUUAAAAAAAAAAAAACAAGAAGAGAAUUAAACCGGAAACACUGUGUUCAAUUUACGACUCUGAAUUCAUACAUUGAUAUUGAUCAGCUUUACUUUUUAUUGUAACAGAAGGUAAAAAAUAAAUGAAAAUUCAAAAUAUAUUACAAA